AAUCCAUUCCUAAGAAAGCAGAGUCCCUACUCAUUCCAUUCUUUAUUUCAGUUCCACCAUGACACAUCUAACUUUGUUACUUGGACUUCUGAUUGUAGCAUACUUUAGUGGUUCUCAAGCAGAAAAUGCCUUCUCACAGUACUGGGAAGAGCAUAUUGGUCUUCCACACCCUCCACAUUGGUUAUCUGCAAAGGCUUCUCCAUUAAAUCUCCAUCAGGUGAAAAUGUUUAUGAAACUUAUGGAGGAAAAUGAAUUGAAUUCCCACCUACCUUUAUUCUGUAAGCAGGCUAACAUCGCUUGUUCUACAAAUGCAUUGAUGAAAAAAACAGACACAACCUUGCCACCAAUAGCCAAAUGGAAUAGUCGUGAAAAAGUGAGAUACGAUGACCUUCCAAAUAAAACACUCAUGCCAGUUUCCAAUCGAGGAGGUUUGCCAUUUUUUCGAGAGUCAAUGGUGAAAGAAGGAGGUUUUAUGCCUGUCCCUGAUCUUAGAGACCCAAUGUCAUAUAAAUCAUUCUUGCCACGAUCUUUGGCAUCAAAAAUCCCAUUUUCUUUUGCCCAGAUCAAGGAGUUGAAGAAGCUUUUUGAUGUAGUGGAUGAAUCAAACAUGGAUGAGUAUAUUCAACAAACACUUGAGAUAUGUGAGAAGAGCAGUUGUGUGACUUCUGCAGAGGAUCUCAUAGACUUUGUUGUUGAGAAAUUAGAACACCAUUUACAUGUAUGGAGUACUGAAAGCAUCGAAGGAUCUUAUGAGAAUGUUACAAUUGGAGCUAUGAAACUCAUCCAUGGAAACCUCUCUGUACCACCAGUACUCUUAUGUCAUACUCUACCAUUCUUAUUUCAAGUCUAUUAUUGCCAUGUUUUGCAGAAAAUAAAAAUAUACGCAGUUGAUAUACAUGCUAGGAAGAAAGUAAAUCAUGCAAUUAUGGCAUGCCAUUAUGAUACAUCAACUUGGAAUCCAAACCAUAUUUCUUUUAAGCUAUUAGGUUUUGGCCCAGGAAUGAUUGAAGUUUGUCAUUGGAUCAAUGAGAAUGGAGUAGUCUGGACAAAGUCUAUAGGUUGAGAGCAUUUGAAGAUUUGAUUUUUUUUUUUUUUUUGGUAAGGGCAUUUGAAGAUUUGAUUACCUCCCACUUCUCUUGUUUGUGUUACAUGUUAUUGCCUAUGCAGAUUUGACUCACUUCCUUCUCCUUGGUACCAUUGAGCUUUUUAUUGUGGUAAGCAGAAGAACACAUAGGAGGCUUUAGAGGUUAGAAGUCCAGUUUUAUUUCCCAUUAAGUUGUGUUUUAAUGUCCAAUUUAAGUCUGAGAGUAAUCUUCUUUUCAAAAAUCUGUAUUGUGUGUGAAAGGAGUUCCAGCCAGUGUUUACUUCUAUGUUUGACAGAGGCUACAAUAGUUCAUACUUUUGUUUCUUAGCUAUUGGCUGAAUUAACAUAUUUUAUUCAACAACAAAAAAAUAUCUAUUUCCC